UUUUAUUAUCAGCUGUUCGUUGGGAUCUAUAACGUUUCUGCGGUGCUAUAAUUUAACGUUACUUGGAAUAAUUUCCAAAAGCUAAAAGAAACCAAACAAAAGAGCACAUUCUGCACCUCUACCUCGGAAUAACAACCAAAGAUUUUGAAACGAUUUAGAGGUCGGAAAAUCAGUUGCUCUGUUAAGAAGCAGGUCUGGCUUAAGUCGUACUGCUGAGAUCUGCUCUUAACAUCUGCCAGAGUGAAGAAGUGUGAGACUCGUGUACCAGACUUGUGGUUCAGCAUCCAUUAUUCAGUACAUUCACACUUCAUUUGUAACAAUGUUUCAACGGCUCACAAACCUGCUCUUUGGAAGCGUGAAUGAAACAAUUCAGGAACCAACUGUGCCAAAACCAGGGUCUCCAGAAGUGGAUGAGGAGGGCUGGCUCCUGGUCAAUGCAGCUGAUGGAGAGACAUCCUCUGAGCCCAGUGAGGUGCAGGUCAAGUUAAUAGGAAAUCUGUCAAGCACUGAGAAAUGUGCUGCCAGCUUGGUCAGUGAUGCAAGCAUCGAAGAACCAGAAGUCCCUGUUGCUCGAAGCAGUGUUCGAGCAUCUCAGCGGUUGGUCUCUCAGGCUGGGGCUCUGGUUAAAGUGACACAGAUGGGGAGGAUACAGCGGGCUCAAGCUCGGUCCAGCCGCCACAAUCUCAGCCGCAAUUGCAUUCAGCGCCAAAACCACAUUCGUCAGCGUCUUCCUCAACACUACUCUCGCAUACAUCGCGUGAUCCUCCACCAGCCUAGUCGUCGCAACUUCAGUCACUAAGAUGCAGAAAGAGUCAACAAGCAUGCAAGCGAAGAACAAACAUUUAAGUAUCUUGGUUCAAAAUAAAAGAUUGAUAUGAACAUGCUUGAAGUUUUUUUUUUUUACAGUUUAGUGUAUAAUAGAUCCAGUGGCAGCUAAACCUAUGGCUCCAAAAAUUAUGUUGGUACUAGUGUACUAGACUGUCAUGCAGCAAUAAAAUGAAGUG